AUGAACUGCAAUGAUGCUCAAAAGGUUUCUUGUGCAAAGUUUAUGUUGACUGAUGAUGCUGGACAUUGGUGGGAGUCUGAAACACGUACUAGAACUACAGAACAACAACGUAACCUCACUUGGAACCAGUUCAAGGAGUCGCUGAUGGGUAAAUAUUUUCCCCAGUCUCUGAAAGAUCAAAAGGAGGUAGAAUUUCUCCAGCUCACGCAAGGAAAUUUGCCACUUGGGGAGUAUGAAAGAAAAUUUGAACGACUUUCUAGGUAUGCACCGCAUAUGGUGAACACUGAGCUGACAAAGGCUAAAAGGUUUGAGAUGGGGUUAAGGCCAGAGAUCAAGGGAAUCAUGGCAGCCCAACAGUAUACUACUUAUGCAGAGAAAACCCAACCCAGCACCGAGUCGUCUAUAAAGAGAAAGUGGCAAGGUCAUGAUAAGGAGAAAGGUAGGAACCAGAAUAAGAAAGGAAAGAUUGGGUCAGACUCAAAUAAAACUUUUCCUCAAUGCUCCAAUUGCAACAAGCGACACUUGGGUGAAUGUCUUCAGGGAAAGGGAGUAUGCUACAUUUGUGGUAAGAGUGGUCAUUUCCUCAAAGAAUGUCCAGAGAAGAAGAGAGAAGGUGACCAACUUAAGAAGGGAAAGGCCAGAGUAUUUGCUUUGACAGGAGAAAAGGAGGAUCAGAACACAGACGUAAUAACAGGUAUGUUACCAGUAUCUGACGUACCUGCUAUUGUCCUUAUGGAUUCUGGAUCCACUCAUUCAUUUAUUUCUACAAUUUUCAUGGAUAAGAUUGGGAGUGAAUUCGUAAAAAUGAAUAGCAUUUUAGAAGUUAAUACACCCUCAGGCGAAGUGGUUAAUACCAAUCAAAUGGUUAAAGAUGUUAAGUUAGAGAUCGAAGGAAAAAAAUUAUGCAACCAUCUUAUGCCAUAA